AUGAGUGACUUCAACUACGGAGGGACCGAUGAAGAGUCGGCGGAGAUCAAGAAGCUCAACGCUGAGGUUCUCGAAGACUCUGACAACUUUGAGAACUGGGAGAAGCUCGUUCGCGCGGCUGAGACCCUCGAGGGCGGCCUAAAUCGAAACUCCAGUCCACAAGCUAUCGCAACCACCCGAGACGCGUACGACCGCUUUCUUGCGAAGUUCCCUCUUCUGUUUGGAUAUUGGAAGAAAUAUGCCGACCUCGAAUUCUCCAUUGCCGGCACUGAAGCGGCCGAGAUGGUUUUCGAACGAGGCGUCGCCAGCAUAACAACCUCGGUGGAUUUGUGGACUGACUAUUGCUCUUUCAAAGUCGAAACCAGUCAUGAUCCAGACGUGAUCAGAGAACUUUUCGAGCGUGGGGCUGCUUCUGUUGGUUUAGACUUCCUUGCUCACCCUUUCUGGGACAAGUAUCUCGAGUUUGAAGACCGCCUGGAAUCCCACGACAGGAUUUUUGCUAUCCUCAGUCGGGUUGUUAAGAUUCCAAUGCACCAAUAUGCUCGCUAUUUCGAAAGAUUCCGACAGCUUGCACAUGCACGGCCAUUGCCAGAGCUCGUGCCUGAGGAGACACUUGCUCAAUUUCGUGCCGAUGUGGAAGUAGAAAGUGCUGGGUAUCAGAUGGGGGCUAAAGCCGAGUUGGAGAUUGAGCGCGAGGUCCGGACCAAGAUUGAUAACUUCCACCUUGAGACUUUUACCCGAACUCAGACGGAGACUACGAAACGAUGGACCUACGAGUCAGAGAUCAAGCGCCCAUACUUCCACGUUACUGAGCUCGACCACCAGCAACUCGCCAACUGGAGGAAGUACUUGGAUUUCGAGGAGGCCGAGGGUGACUACACCAGAGCCGUUUUCUUGUAUGAAAGAUGCUUGGUGACCUGCGCAUUCUACGAUGAGUUCUGGUUCCGCUAUGCCCGUUGGAUGUCUGCUCAAGAAGGGAAGCAGGAAGAAGUCAGAAAUAUUUACCAGCGGGCCAGCACACUUUACGUGCCAAUCAGUCGUCCCGGAGUUCGCUUGCAAUACGCCUACUUUGAGGAGAUGUCUGAACGCGCUGAUGUCGCCCGGGACAUCCACCAGGCCAUUCUUGAUCGCAUGCCAGGUCACGUUGAGACCAUUGUGUCUUGGGCAAACCUGGAGCGCCGCCAAAACGGUCUCGAAGCUGCUAUUGAGGUUUAUAAAGCCCAAAUUGAUAACUCGGCAGUGGACUUCUUUGCCAAGGCAGCAUUUGUCGUUGAGUGGGCCAUCCUUUUGUGGAAGAUUCAAGGAUCAGUCAGUGAGGCUCGUCAAGUCUUCCAAAAGAACCAGCAAUGGUAUCUUCAGAGCCGCCAUUUCUGGAUGAAAUAUCUUGAAUUUGAGACCGCCCAACCAACGUCUGCGGACAAGGAAGCAGAACACUACACAAGAAUCAAGCAGGUUCAUGAUGAUAUGAUUAAGAAAAGCCGCAUGAGCCUGAGUACGAAGAAGGACCUCAGCAGCUACUUUUUGACAUAUCUGCAGCAGAGAGGUACGAGGGAAGCCAUGAAGGAGUUUUUGCAAGUUGACCGGGAGCUAAACGGACCUAUCUCCGUUCAGCCUGCAUACCUGAAGACAAACACUCCAACCGGCAGAGCAUCCAGCAAGGCUCUGGAAAACGGCCAUCCACCAGGUGAUGUUGACGAAGCCACCCUUCGCAAAGGAGAAGUUAAGUACAGCAACUACUAUGAAGAGCGCCGCGACCCGAUACCUAACGCCCAAGGUCUCGCUCCUUUCCACUGA